AGUAAGUUUAACCUAACCUCACUUUUUUAUUGUAAAUAUCCAAAAUGUUUUUUUGGUGCCCUAGUCCUGUCCAUAAUAAUUAUCCGGGGGCGACGUCGUAGUGAGUUUGUGAUGACCUUCUAUUUAAAACCCCCGAGAGGCACAAUCGAAUUUCACAUAUUAGAAAAAUGCGUUGAACAACGACUAAAGUUUUACAAGAACGCCACAAACACGAACGACUAUCUCGCCGAAUACUUACUCGAAGACUCUGCGCUAGACAGAGCUGGCCAUUUCACUUUACGUUUAGCUGCCGUACACAAUGAAACCUUUUCGCCUGUCUUUGUGCACUCGGAAGUUCACCUUUUACGAUUACGUUUGCGAGCUUAUAAUGCUGGCAGCACUCACAAAUUUUUACGACGACUGUUACGACACUCCAACGAGUUUAUGGUGGAGUUGGGAGGCAAUGAAGAAAUUGCUAGCUUCUUAAAUACACUUAUUAAUGUUGCAAUGAAGAUGUCUAGUCGAAGUUAUCGUGCUCACACAUUCGACGCUGAACAUUGCUCGAACGACAGGUGUAAAUUGUUCGAGCUGCGUGUUCCAUUUCAGCACUGUCCCUCGAUGAUCUCCCGCCGUGAGGUACCAUUACAUAAUGGAUAUCUUCGCGUGCCUUGUGAGAAGUGGUGCCAGUUAAUUUUGGCACUUUAUGAUCGUUUUCUUUGUGUUGUGCUGAGAGGAAUGAGGUUUAGUAGAAGCGUGUUGGCGGCACUUGAUGACCACCGUGUUCAGUCAAUAUUGGGUGCAAUACAAAGUGAGGAAAGCUUUGAGGCUACGUUAACUUUUCAACGGUUUGAAGUGGAAAAGAGAAGGUUUCCAUUGUGCAUGGGAAAUUUGCAACACAUACUAAGGAAAAAUCAUAGACUUUCGCAUGAUGCUAGAUUUAAUUACAGUCUGUUCUUAAAGGACAUCGGAAUGUCCUUUGAGGAUUCGGUGACGUUCUGGAAGAGCGAAUACUCGAAGGACGGCAGUAACUGUCAGAUGUGCUCUCACAGUUGGCAGCGGGAUGAGAAACGGUACGUUUACAGCAUUCGCCAUUUAUAUGGACUCGCCGGCUCUAGGAAGAAUUACAAGAGUCGAUCGUGUGAUUACUUUCAACGAAGUCUCAUAAGUGCAACGGAAGAAGCUGUGUGUCCAUUUAGACACUUCGACGAGCGGAAUUUGAAAAUGCUUCUGUCAACGCUACACGGUUUAGAAGCAGAUUCGGAGAUUACAAAAAGUAUUUUAUUGGAGCGGGUGAAGAAUUCGUCUUCUGCAUGUAAACUUUUUAUGAAAAUUGCUGGAGACGUCAGCAAUCAGGUGUUGGAUAGUCACGAGAUUAUUAGUCCAGUGCACUAUUUUAAUUUAUUCCCUCAAGUGAGCAGUUGAUGUAACACUGGAAAUUGUUUAUUUUAUUGUAAAUCUGAAAAUGGCGAAGCGGAAUCAAAUGUAAGAUUCAAUGCGGGCACAGCUCGGUUUAUAUGAUCAGAAUUGUCACAAUUACUGACUAAAAUGAAAUCACUAAUUACUGUUGAAACGGCGGUAUUUAAUUCCUGUUUAAAGUUGAAAUAGUUAUUGCUGAAGUAAAAUGUUUAAAUUUCCCCAUCAAAUUAACUUGAUCUGGGGAGGUAGUCUUUGGUUAUAAUUUAAUAUUCGUAUCUGUCAUUAGAAAUUGUUCUAAUAAAAUGUUGUUUAUAUUGAUGUUUAA